AUGCGAAACGACGAGAUACUACGGUUUGACGAGGAAGUUGUGCGAUACAAGUACUUCCAUAGUGUCCUCCACUAUCUGUUCCAAGAGCACAAGAUGACUAUUCGAGAGGUUGCAAAACGAUUGUCAGUCACGCCAGACCCAGGCCUAUGCGAGACACCAGACGCUACCAGGAAGGAAGAGGAACUCAAGGCAGCUGAGAUACUGCAGAGAGCGGCUCUGGAAAUGCCGACUGCCGAAAUCAGGAAGGCCUUGCAAAUCGAACGGCUAGACAAGCGGAGACUAGCUGAGGAAGAUGGCUACUGCCGAUAUCUUGCCUCGUUCGGCAUCAGUUUGGUCGACCGGAUCCUGCGGUUGAUCGAGAACGAGCGACGAGACUUCACGCUGACGGAAUUCUCCCGGUUCUCGUUAACGCAGACACCGCAGUCCAGCUUCCCACCUUACAAUGCAGUUUCUGGACGAUGCAGCAGGGUGGCAUUUGCGGCUUGGAUGGACCUAGCUCCCGCCGCCGUCAAAAAGGCAAAGACCAAGGUCUUUGAGAAUCAGGCCGUCAUCGACGAGUCGGCGAGAAGAAGGGCGGCUUCAAAGUUCAAGCUAACGACCGCCAACUGGGAGAUCAGGUGGCAGGGAUUUGAUGGUUGGGUUCUCACGUGGUUCUGA